AUGUUUUCAUUAUCACGUCAAAUUGGUAUUAAAUCAAUAACUAGACCAACAACCAGUAUAUUGUCAAGAUCAAUCAAAACAAUUCCGCAACCCCCAGGUUAUGUGGUUGGAACAGUAAAUGAUGCUUAUAUUCCACCAAAACCACAUAAAUUAGAAGGUUCAUAUCAUUGGACAGCAGAAAGAUUGGUUAGUAUUGGAUUGGUUCCAUUAACUUUAGCCCCUUUAUUCACUGGAGUAUCAACUUUACUUGACUCCACUUUAUCUGCAUUAUUAUUAUAUCAUUGUUAUGCUGGUUUCCAAUCUUGUAUCAUAGAUUAUAUUCCAAAAAGAGUUUAUGGAAAUUAUUUUAAUUAUGCUAUGUAUUUAUUAACUUUUGGUACUGGUAUUGCUGGUUAUGGUAUUUAUAAAAUUGAAGAGAAAGAAGGAGGGGUUACUAAAUUGGUUGGUAAAUUGUGGAAAGCGUAA